AUGUUGUUUAACCCGAAGAUAGAUGGAGACCUAGAUGUUCAUUUGGAGAAUUGGUCGUUAGUCAAACUGACGAUAGAACACUAUUAUCUAUUCAAUAUGAAUGAACGAUUGGAUUUUGAAUUAUUAGAAAAAAAAUUUGAAUAUUACAACACCCGGUGGGUCGAUUACCGCUUGAAAUAUGCCAGAAUAAUAGCAGAAGAUGAGGGUGCUAACAUGAUUCAACGUAAUCUUACAGAAGUAAUGGGGACAAUAUGGGAAUAUAAGGGCCAUGAAUAUGCAUUAUUAGACACUUUUCUAUAUAAUAAACUUGCCACUGGUCCAAUUCUAAAGAAGCUUGUUUGGGACAAAGUUAUUAGCAAGUAUACCAUAGAAGCUCAAUGGGAGUGUACUUCGUCCAUCUAUAGUUAUCGGGUAAUCCAACUUCGAACUAUUCAAGAAAUCAACUUUCAUAAAAUAAGGAGAUUACAGAUUAUUCGAUUCAAAUUCGAUGAAUUGCAGUAUUAUUUUACAAGGCUAGAAAUUGGAUUGUCGACAGGUCAAUUUGAACCAAUUCCAGAUGUUCAUCAAGGAGAUUAUAUAGACAUAAUUCUAAGAAGCAGAAAUCAGAGUACUACCACAAGAGGAGACAACCCAGAACUCCCUGUGUAUGAUGACGAAGAAUCCCCAAUCCAAGGAUUUGAAGAUUUUAGUUUCAAGGAUCUGUUUUAUGUCCCAUAUAGUUUUUUAAAGGUCAGAUAUAAUUUCCCAAAACCUAGCGAAAGUAAACUCGUGUGGACUGUAUCCCCAGCUCUAGUGAAACGAGAUCUCGAUUUGGCUUUUGAAACUAUACCAAAAGAUUACGUUCGUGAUCCUGAUCCAAUAAUUUCCGCUGUCUUGGAAUGGUUUCAUCCAGAUGCGAUUAGAGUAUAUACACCUAAACAGAAGUUUCGAGAAUACGUUUCAGUAAUUCUCAAGAACAGCGUAGAUGGAGAAACGAGCGAAAGCUUAACUUCGCUUUAUGAAGCAUUUGACUUGUACGACGUUUAUUCAAAGCAAGAUUGCCAAACCAUCGAAAGCAGGCGUUUCGUUGCUUUUAUGUUGGAAGACUUGAAAUUAGGAAUGGUUAUUUUAACUAAAGCUUAUAUGGAGACUCUCAACUUCGCAAAAAUGUGGAAAUAUUUACGAGACUUGAAUAAUACGGAUCUAAUAAGCAGGUUAAUAGUUCUGCAUGUCCCCAUGGACAGUCUAUAUGAUGAAUUAUAA